GGAAUUGGAUGUGCGCGCACACUCGUAGUUCCAGUCGGUUCCAGUGGUUGCACCGUUGUUUGUUGUGGCCUUCCACUACCUUGCUCGAUCGCGCAACAGGUUGCAGUGCGAUCGCUGAUCGAGUCACAACCACCACCAGCACCACCGACGAACGACCCGGAUUGCUCGGGGACACCGCUACUUGUCAUUCCGAGACAACCUCCAGCACCCGUGCGCUGAGCUGAGCCGAGUAGAGGGUGCCCAUGAAAUUGGCCACUCUGCCUGGUGUUGCCGUAAACAAUUGCUCAAAACCGGCUCCAACGGCCGGCGAGAAGGAAGGACUGACGCCUUGAACGACAACUUUUUGCCAACCGCAGCCAGCCAGCCAUUUGCUCCGCUCCGGCCCCAACCCAAGCAUUCUGUGCGCGCGCUACAUAACAACGCGUCGCGAUCACCGCUCCGCCGUCGUUAGCUUACAUUAGCGGUGAUCACUGAAACUGUUGACCGCGCAGUGUGAUAAGUGAAAAGGGCAGCAGCACCGCAACGGGUGGCAGCUAAAAAUAAAGCACACCCAGCCAGUGAACGCCAGACUUUGAACCACCCGGAUCAAGGUCUAAAGGCCAGGGAAGGACGUCUUCGUCACGGGGCGGUUUGUUUCAGCGACAGGACCUUCCGCAACUGAGCGGGUGCUUUUGUAAGGCGUUGUCGAAGUGUCGAAAAGAAUGCCUCACCAGCUGGCGGAGUGGCGGCUACUGUGGGCCGUUUUCAUCACCCUGUGGCUUACGGUGCGGUUGAGCCCCGCGCUAGCGUCGGGCUUUGGCAAGUGUCCCAAUUACCCGUCAAUGCCAAAGUUUAACAUGACAAAGUUUCUGGGCAAAUGGUACGAAGUGGAGCGGUCGUUUUAUCUUCCCGAACUGGCGUCCGGCUGUACCACACUGACCUUCGAGAACACCACGCUCCGGGACGCGGCCGGCAGGAGUCAGCUAGAAAUUUCGAUUAAAUCCGUCAACCAAUGGACGGGAAACCCAUCAGUGAGCAUCGGCGAAGCCAUUCCGGAGAGUGAAACAUCGUCCAUUAUGGCCGUUCAACUUCAGUCGCGCCUUCCAACGGCUAUUGCGCGGCUACUGCCGGGAUCUGGCCGGUACCAGGUGCUUUACACGAACUACGACAAUUUCGCCAUCCUGUGGUCGUGCACCAGCUUUGUGGCGGUCCAUGCCGAUCAAAUCUGGUUGCUGGGGCGCGAGCGUGACUAUUCGACCGAAAUUAGGAAAAAGAUCUACAACGCACUGGAGCAACUAAGCCUGGACCCGGACCGUCUGUUCAUUGCGAAGAACAAAAACUGCCCCACGACCCUCUAGGCAGGCGACCUCUGGGCAGCAGGUAAAUGGUUGGUUAAAAUCUGUGAUAUAAAAACGGGCGGCGACAAUCGGUGGAAAAGUGGAGGCCGGCAGAACCGAUGGAACGGUCAACGUCCGGCUUCAACUCGUCGCCACGAACUCUGCCACGAAGCCAUACGCUGGCGUAAUAGUUAUCGGAUGCAUGGUGCGCUGUACCGGAGAUGGCGUGAUUUUGUAGAGACAAACGGUUUAUUUUUAUUUACUGAGUUGGCAAGUAGCAUUUGUAGUACCAUUAAAAACAUAUAUAUAUAUAUAAAUGUCCGAUGCACAGAUAGGAGAGGUAGAAGGGAAGCAUACAAUACACAACGGUGAGGUGGUUUCUUGUUCACGAUUCAUAAUGCUGCCUUAAGCUGCAUCCGUACACUAGUUCCACGCCUAGUGCCUGUGGCAUCUAGUGCAUCGCAUGUCGCAGCGAAGAAGCAAUCCUUCGAAUGAACGUUAACUUACAGUCAAACUUAGUUUAAUAUCUUUCGCCAACGAAUCUCCACCGUCCCAAGUGCUCCAUUCGAACGAGGAACACCCUGCCGGGUCGGGAUGGUAUACGAGCGCUAAAACUGUGUUGCGUGUCCUUUCUGCUCCUUACCGUAGGCGCUAGCUUUGUAACUUAAGUACUGAACUUAACCGAGAUUGAAAAUAAAAGCCUUAUCCAGA